GAAGAGAAUAUGGGAAAUUUUGAUAGCGGCCCCCUGUCCCAAGUUGUAUUAGUGUUCAGGUUAAAACCAGACCCACAGCCACCUGUCCUGGAGUUGUUUUUUAUGCUGUAUUGCUUGUUAUAAAAGUGCACCAGAAGGCAAAAGGAAACUCAUUUAGAGAGACAAGGAGGCAGUGGCAACCAGAGGUUUUGAUUCUUGUCACCAGCGCAACAUGUCUAGGAAAAGCAGUGCACCUCAAGCAGGGCCAGCCAAACUGGAUGUGGGCUCAGAAGUUAUGUAUGUAAGAAGCAACCAGGUGGUGCUGGAUAACACCAUUGGCCCAGCAGAGAUCGUCAUCUCCGAUGGCAAGAUCGUUGACGUUCUGCCGAAAAGAAACUGGGCCAGACCCAGUGGAGAAAAGAUACUCGAUAUUGGAGACCUUGUGGUCAUGCCUGGAAUAGUCGACCCACACGUACACAUCUGUGAGCCUGGACACCCAUCCUGUGAAGGAUUCGCAUCUGUGACUAAGGCUGCAGCUGCAGGAGGCAUCACCACCAUCGUUGACAUGCCACGGCACUGCUGUCCUCCAAUCACAAGCUUGUCGGCCCUUGAUUCUCAAUUCCAGGCUGCCAAGGGACAGUGCCAUAUUGAUGUUGCUUUUUGGGGUGCUAUUGUUCCUGGAAAUCAGACUGAGCUGCUGCCAAUGCUGAAGGCUGGUGUUCCUGGGUUUCAAUGUUUCCUGAUGGCCACUGGCGCGGAAGAUUUUUCUCACGUGAGCCUGCAUGAUUUACAUGUGGCAAUGAAUGAACUGCAGGAUACAAACUGUGUACUCCUGUUCCAUGCAGAACAGGAACCAAAUCAGCCAGUGCCAGUCCUAGAAGACACUGCAGAAUACAGCACAUUCUUGGACUCACGCCCUGAUACCAUGGAAGUGGAGGCCACUCUUACUAUUGCUGAGCUCUGUCUACAAUAUCAAAUACCAUGCCACAUCAUUAAUCUCUCCUCCGCUCAAGCUUUGCCCAUCAUCAAGGAUGCUCGUGAGCAAGGAGCACCAAUUACAGUAGAAACUACUCACCAUUACCUCAGCUUGACAUCAGAAUGUAUUCCUCCAGGUGGCACCUACUACAAAUGCUGCCCUCCUAUAAGAGAGAAAAGCAACCAGGAGCAGUUGUGGGCAGCCUUGCAAGUAGGACAAAUAGAUAUGUCUGUCUCCGCUCAUGUUCCUUGUUUCCGAGACUCGAAAGAACAGAACAACGGCGAUUUCCUCAAGGCUCAAGCAGGGAUUGCUUCAUUACAACUUGGCCUCCCUCUCUUCUGGACCUCUGCAAAAUGCAGAGGAUUCUCGUUCCAUAAUUUGGUGCAAGUGUUGUGCAAGAAUCCUGCCAUUCUGAGCAAACUGGAGGAUCGCAAAGGUUCACUUAGACCAGGGAUGGAUGCAGACCUGGUGAUCUGGGAUCCUGAAAAGGAGUUUGAGGUGAAGAAAGACAUAAUUCAUCACAAGUGUAAGCUGACUCCAUACUUGGGUUUCCAGCUUUGUGGCAAGGUCUUUGCAACCCUUGUACGUGGCAGGCUGGUUUAUAUGGAUGGAAAAUUUGCAACCAAGGCACAAGGAGAGCUGCUUGUGUCUGAGAGACAGAUGCCCACAAAAAACCCAUCUCCAUACUAUUAAUGGAGAGACAGAAAAUAACAAAUGCACUAGCCACAUCAAAGUGCAAUGAACAAAUCUAGAAGGAAAGAUAAGAUGAACUAUAAUGAUGGCUCGAGAGAAAACGGGGGAGAAGCAAUAUUAAAAAGCAACGACUCAACAAAUUGAGUAACAGAAAGUUCUGAUCCCCCUGCCCAACAACUGUUGAAUCAGGAGAAGCCCUUCUGUCAGUCCCACCUCCAUCUCAAGUUCGGUUGGUAGGAAUGAGAGAACGGGCCUUCCUUCUCAGUGGCUGCCCCUCGACUAUGUUUAUAUUUUUUAAUUGGAUACCAAUGCUUUUAUGUUAAGCUGCUUUGAGUCCCCUUUGGGGAGAUAAAGCGUGGUAUAAAUAAACAUAAACAUUAUAUUCAUUAUCAUCAUCAUCACCAUCACUAAAAUGAAGACAACAACACCAUAUAAUAAUGGAAUAGGGGAUGGGGACGUAUUCAUGUGUAUAUAAUUAGAGGGAAAAAUUUGCAUUCCUUGCUGCCUAGAAGCUUGGGUGAUUGACUGAUGCUAAUAAAGAUGUCAACCAUCAA